GAGAACGAAAAACGACGACAGGGCACGGAAUUUCACUCGACGGCGAAUGAAAGGAAAACUACGGAGUGCAAAUCGGGGAAAAAUAUGUUUGUCGAAAAUAUACAAUAAUUUUCGCGGUCAACGUGAAUAAUACCAUAACUAUACAGUGCUUGAGUGAAGUGAUUCUGUGAAAGUGUUAUAUUGGUGGUGAAAGUUUGCAGCUGGGUGGUAUUUGCAUAGCAAAAAAUCAACCCUCGAAAACAUUCACUCUCCUGUCGAGAAAAGUGUGUAUUGGGGCUACGCUGCUGCCUAACACGAACGUAGCUCGUCUCAGUGCAAGCUGCGCCACUGUUUCUAGACACGAUACCUUCGCUUGGCCUUGAUUUUGGUGCGAAUGGGACCAAUAAGUUGGCGUAGCAAUGAGCCAUCGGAACAACGAUAAUAACGGUCCGUGGAACAAUCGGAACUCACGUAACAAUAAUAAUGAUGGUGGGGAUGGAGUAGGAAGGGGAGGUGGUGGCGGAGGUAACUACAAGGAUCGCAACUGGGGGGGAAAUAAUCGCUACGGACCGGAUAACAGAUACAACAACAAGGAACGUCGGAACUAUCGUGGCUAUGGUGGUGGGGGCAGGAGAAACUAUGAUGGACGACCCUAUCGGAACAAUACAUGGAUCAACAAUGGUAUGCAGGAUGGAAACUAUACUCGGUAUCAAAACAACUGGCACCAGAAGCAUCCCGGAAAUAAGCUCGGAGUUCUCGGUACCGAGUCAGACGCGAUGCAACAGCAGAUUCCCCCGUUGAUGAUUAAUUUCGACGUGGAAUCAGGGGAUCAGCAGCAGCGAGUGGAGGUGGUAUCAUCUGGAAACGCCGCCGGUGGUGCUGACCGCGACUCGGCGAAUGGGUCCAGCAUGGAUAAAGAAACAGAAAGCAGUAACAAGUCUUGGAUGAAUGACGAUUUUGGCAGCCCUGGGGAUGGAUUCCAAGGUUUUGCGGAUGUGGACUUUGUGAAGACAUCGAACGGUGGCAGUAGUAAUGAUUGUAUGAACUUUGCUUCAAAGCUUUCUUCCGAAAAGGAUGACAAAAGUGACAUAAGUCUUCAGGAGAACGAACUCAGUAAAUUGAUUGUGGACGAAGCGAUGAAGAUAAUUUCGGACGCCGAGCAACCUUCUUGUUCCAGUGCAUCUCAAAGCAAUCCAUCGGAUGCCAGUGCUCCGACGGCAGCAUCCACUGCAAGCAAUCCCAACCCAGAACGCCGAGCGUCAAUUGAACGAAGUGCCGAGCAAGUGACUCGUAAACUUAUCAACCAGCUAACCUCGAUGAACAAACACAGCCUGAAGCAAGUGAUCAACAAUCCGGACAGCAAAUAUGAGACGGCGCUGAAGACCCAUGCUCGUCAGAAACUUCGGGCCGAAGUGCGACGUCAAUUGAGAAAUUUUAACCUGAACGAGAGCACUGCUCAGCCGAAAACUGCCUGCAGUAUGUUGGAACCGGACGAAAGUGUCGAUUCGGAUAAAAUUCCGGACGCCUUGUUGGAGCAAAUAGGGAAAGUACUAGAUCUGAACCUUUUGGACUUAAAUGUGACGGAAGAACCGGUGCCGGUGCCUACGGUGGGAGAAGAAGACGAAUGCGUGACCAAUCCCAGUGAUGCAGACUAUUCCGCGACGGAAGUGUUGGACAAGAAUCUUCGUCUAACGGACGAAGAUGGUCAGUUCGAUACGGAUGAUCUGUUUGCUCGAGCCGAACAACUGUUGAUGAAAGGAAGUGAAUCCGUCCGCAAGGGAAAUUCUUCAGGUCCCAGUUCUCCCACGGAUGAAAUGUUUCCCAAUGAGCAAAUCGAUUCGAUUGUUAGUGAGGACAACGGAAUGGAUCUGAACGAAUCCGAAUCUGAUCAAAUUGAGCGAAUGCUGGAUGAACCAUUACAUGCUGCAUUCCCUUGCUUUUUGAGAGUCAGUACCGUAGAAGAGUUGAAUAAAAAGGUAGACACUCUACCUGUUCCGAUGGAAGAAAGUGAAAGCUGUACUGUGGAAACGGCGGUUCCUUUGCUACCUCCACCAGAGUUGAUGGAUGAUUCUUCAAUUUCUAAUCUUCCUGGUGAUGAUGUUCAGGUCCCACUGGCCCCUGUAUCGCCCGAGGAGCAAUGUACUCCAUCAUUUGAGAUUACUGCCGAAACUGAUUUUAUAAGUUUGGUAGAAGAUAGUUCUUUGCCAUCAAAAGAAGAGCCUGUACAGGACCAACCUGAAAAGGCUAUAGAUUUAGAAGCAAUACCAGUCACAGUUCCGGAUGAAUCAGUUGAAGAACUGACCAAACAAGAGAGUAUUCCCAUCGCAUCUCCAUCUAAGAAUCCAACUUCCGAACCUUCUCCUGGAACGAUCCGAGCUCCAACGCACCCCGAACUCGCCACACGUAAGUCGAAGGGCUCUAAGACGUACAAGCCCAAUCUCGUGCAGCACGAACACUCCAAGCGGGAUAGCAGCAGUAAAUCUUCUUCAGCUUCUCCAUCGCAAACUGCUUCCUCAUCCAGCCAUGUAUCUUCGGUAGCGAAUUCCAAGGCGGCUUCUAAAUCUGGCACCGCAACGAAUCUCAACAACGUUUCCAAACAGACAAAAUACCAAAACAACAACAACAACAACAAUCCCACUAGUAAUAAUAAUAACAGCAAUAGCAGCAACACUAGAGGAAGGAGUCGAGGAAGACGAGAUACUGCCGGUAGUAAUGGUUCUAAAGAUAAUACCGUGCAACCGAAUGGUACCAGUGCUAGCAGUGAAAAUCAUAUUAAGAAUAGCAAUAAUGGAUCCCUACCGACUUUAGCAGCAGCAGUAGCAAUCACCGGAAACGAUUCCCGUCCACCAUCGCAACAGCCGGUGGAACAAUCAGCUCAGAGAUCAAUCCGAUCAAAGACACCCGGUCCGUCUCUGGCUGGUGGGCCUCAGGAUCAUUCGUCCCCGCUCGGGGUAAAGAAGAAGAAGAAACGCAACAGACGGAAAGAUCGUUCGCCACCGCCGGACAGUGGCAUGAUGCUGGAGUGUGACCUGCGAGUCUCGAGACCCGCGGUGACGCCCACUCCGCCCCCAGUGCAAACGCGUGACACACCUCAAAUCAAGAAGAGUACCGAACCGGAUCGCAGUAGUUCGACGAAACCUUCGCGGGAAAUGCGAGCCAAAUCAGCCGAUCCGAAGCUGUACUACGAGUCGAAAAAGGAUCGCGACCGUAAUAGGGACAGGGGACGGAACCGAGAUGAGGACAAGAAGAGUAAGAGCAAAGAGGACAAGAAGGACCAGGAGAGGGAGGAUAGAAAAGAAGUUCGAAGGGAAAAGGAAGGAGAAGCGGCGAAUGGAAGUGCUUCCAGCGUGGUGGAAGUGAGCAAAACGGAGCUCUCUGUUUCAAAGCCGGAUCAUCGUAGUGAACGUAAGAAAUCCCCAGUACCUAAGCCAGCAGUAAAAUUGCCUGUGGAUACUCCAAAGCAUUCCAAGGAGAGCAAAGAUGAACCCAAAGAGAUUCCCAAGGAAACUGUCCAAGAAAGGGAAAAGGAAACGCCAAAACAGAUUGCAAAAGAGUGCACCAGGGAAGCAACUAAGGAGCCGAAGGUGAAGGAAAAAGAGGACAAAGAUGUACCUAAAGACAACGGACCAAAACACGUUCCAGAUUGCAAGGAGGAAUCCGAUGGACUGGGAGAUUUACCAAAAGAAAAAGAUUUAUCGGAUGUUCCCGAUGGGCCAAGCAAACCAGCAAAACCACACAAGAAAAAGAAGAGUCUACUAAGAGGUCCCAACUUGAUCAAAGGUCGACGCGAGGUGGUAGAACAGUCUGAACCGCAAGUUCAGUCGCAGCAGAAAGAUAGCGAUGAAGUGGAAAUUUUGGAAAUCCCACCACCACCGUCCGAAUCCAACGAACCAGUUACUACGCCAUCGCAUUCUUAUACCAGACAGCGAGAAGCUCCUGUCGUUGCCUUGACGCAAUCUGCCCCAACACUGACAGUUCCGAUAGAGCAUCAUACUCUAAUGGCAACGUCGGCUGCUUCCCUAAUCCAAAGGACUGCCUCACCUCGGCCAUGGAAAUCACCCGGCGAAAAGAAACUGAUCCCACCAUCGAUAACGGCCAUCAUCACGCAUCCUAUGUCCCCACCGCCGGUAGAACGAGCUAGAAAGAUCCCAACGCCAACACCAUCUUCACCAGUGAUGUCACCGGAACCUCCGCAACGUAUCCACCUCGUAGCAUCACCCAUCAUAAUGUCCCAACCGGAAGUGCUAACCGGAAGAAUGUCUCUGCAAUCGACUCUUGCUCCCCUAGCAACAGCUACGGCAGCGCCUCAGAUAAAUACCUUCGCCCCGGUUAUGGUACUGCUAAACCAGAUGCAAGAUAUCGACAGUAAGAUGAGCGAGUUCCAACGCCGCAAAAUGCAAAUCGAUAGCGAAAUGAUGCGGCUCAACUCGGAAAAGUUCCAGAUCGAUCAGAGUUCCAUGCAGUUGCAGAACGAAAGGUUCAUGCUGUUGAACAGCCUGCGAGCUGCUUUGGUGGAAUGUGAGCUAACUACGUUGGCUUCAAUGCAGAGUGUUUCGCACAUGCCGGCAGCAACUACCAGCCCUACAGUUAGUCAUCGUCGUCGAAAUCCCGAACCUGAACUAGAAACAGCUCCAAAAAGUAAACGGCGGAAAGAAGCUCUGGAAGUUAUCAGCCGACCGGUGUCAACAGUCGUAUCAUCAUUGUCCACGGACCUAUCGGAAUCAGAAGAACCGGCUACCCCGGUUACCGGAGGCGAGCGAACCAUUCGUAGAAUUACCAAAAUCAGUGGGAAUACGGAAAUUUUGAAGCUGUUCCAAAGAAGACGUCUCAUCUCGGAUCGAUCCGCCGAAGAAAGUCAGUCGGAAGAUAAUAGUACUCCUCAAGUAGUAUCCACCCCCACAGCGGCGACUGCAGCAACGGUUUCGGUGUCAGCAUCGGUCGAAAGACCUACUCCCGCCAAACGGCGAAGAACCCGCACGUACGGUGGCAGUGUUGGUGGAGGCGAUCAAAACGAAUCCUCCAUCACCGGCGCUCGGCUACGAAGUGAUUCAACGAAGUCUGUGGAGUCAGUGAAAGCGAUUGAAACAAGUGAUCACCCAACCGGUCCGACAGCCGGAAUGACGUCCCGGUUCAAGAAAGACGAAGAGAUUCCUUUAGUGGUAGCCCAUCGUAGGCUUUUGCCUCGGGAGGUUAAAGUGGUACUCAAUAAGCUCAACGUGGCCGCAAAGCGAGGUUGCGAUGGAACUUGAUUGUUGAGCCGAACCAAGCGUUCUGUAGGCAAGCCGGCUGCACAUUUUACUUUGUAGGUCUCUCAAAUACUUAAUCCUAUAAUCUUUUAUUUAAAAUCUCUUAGUUGAGCCAUCGUUACGUACCAGUAGAUGUGUAACAAGAUUUAGCAUCUAAUCUUGUCCUUUUGCAAUGGACAUGCAAAAAAAGAACAAAUGCCUUGAAAUAUUGAUAUCGUGAGCUCUAGACAUAUUUUCUUCUCCUUAUUUAGUUGUUUAUUUUUUCUUUAACAAACUAUCCACCUUAAUUGUAAAUAGACUGAGCUGUGUUCGAAAGCAGGAUGUAUCCUCAGCAGCAACGAGUAGGAAGCAUUCGAAAUUGUACGUAGCAAUGUAGUAGCAAUCAACAAACAGAUUGUAUGAAUAUUAACAUGUUAAGGGAGUAAAUUGCAUAUUUAAGUAUGGAGAAACUAACAUGUAUUUAAUGAUCAUCACCUGUAGCACCUUACCGUACAUCGUAUACCGUACACCUCCAUCAUCUAUCUGCCGUUGAAAGCCGAUAAAGUUUGCGGAGAAGGCGAUACUUGCCAUCAAGGUGAGAUGAACAAUGUAUGAAUGGUUAUAUUAGUAAAAGAGUAAGGAAUUCAGAGCAAAGAAAUCACAGGAAGCAGCCGGAGAAAAAAUAAGGAUUUAUAUA